AGUUAAUGUGUUUCUAAGUUUGAUGACUUUUAGUUUCAGAUCCUUUAGUGAAUUGUUUAUGAGUUUUGGGUUUUUGAUGUUGACUGUCCUCAUUGUUAACUUUGAGGAAGAUAUAAUAGGUCACUGGAUCAUCGACUUUCCAUUGUGUCAUGUUAUCCUGGUGUUGUGUCUAAACAUGGAAAUGUAAUAAUAAUAUCUGAGAUUUCCUCUUUUGUUCUCGCUUUCAGUUCAGUCAAGAGUUGGAAAUGGAAGGGACUGUGUUCACGCCUUGUUUGGAAGGAAUGAAGCAUGUCAAAUCUGAACAAGGCGAGAUGCUUACUAUGCCUUUUCUUGACCUCUGCAAGACCCUCUUCCCUGUUUUAGAUAAGUUUGGAGCUGCUAUGACUAUCGUGAAAUCUGACAUUAGUGGCAACAUAACGAGGUUGGAGAAGAACUACUUGUCUGAUCCAGAAAAGUACAAGUACUUGUACACCAUUGUUCAAGGUGAAAUUGAGUCAGGGACAGCAAAAGGAUCGUCUAGUUGUACCAAUGGUCUUCUCUGGUUAACCAGGGCAAUGGAUUUCUUAGUGGAGUUAUGCCGCAACUUGGUAGCACAUCAAGACUGGUCAAUGUCACAAGCU